AUGUUAGACGAAGGCAAUGAAAGCAAUGAAAUUAUCAAAUUUAGAGAUUAUCUUAAUGCUGUCUUUGAUAAAUCAAUUCGUGAACUAAAUCUUAGCCUAUCUGAAGACAAAAGAGACGAAGUGGAGCUUAUUACUGAUGGAUCCCUAUCUGAAGAUGAAAAAGACAAAGCGGAGCCUAUUAUUGAUGGAUCCAUAUCUGAAGAUGAAAGAGAUGAAACGGAUCCUUUUAUUGAAAAAUUAUAUUCAGAAAUUGUCAAAACAUGUAAUGAAGGUAAAAAUAUCCCCGAUACAAUAGAAAGGAUUCUAUCUGAGAAUGAGAAAUCAUCCCAAGAUGUUUUCGAAUGGUUAUUAUCACAUCAAAAUAAGCCAGAAAACAUUUGUAUUCGAGCAUUAUUUCAUUAUUACAAGAUUGGGGGACAAAGUGAUAAGGAUGUGUAUGAAUUAUUUUUAAAAGCAGAGAAUGAAAAUAUUAUUGCAAAAUACUUUGUCGGGAAAUGUCUUGAAGAGGGCCGGAAUGUUAAAAAAAGCAAAACUAAAGCAAUUAAUUAUUAUGAGAAAGCCGAAGCCGGUAACUGUGCCGCUGCAGGAUAUGCAAUUGGGCUACAUUAUUUUAAGCAACAUAAAUAUAGCAAGGCAUUUACAUGCUUGAAAAAGUCGGCAGAAGGAAAUAACAUGAUGGCAUUGAAUCUAUUAGGGUUAUGUUAUCAAAAAUCUUUUGGAACAGGUAUUAAAUAUGUUGAGGCAUUUAAAUGCUUUCUCAAAGCUGCUGAAAUGGGACUACCGGAAUCACAAUAUAGACUUGGAAAAUGCUAUGAAAUGUCUGAAGGAACCAAAGGAGAUUUGGAACAAGCAUUACAUUGGUAUCAAAUGGCUAUGGACAAUGAAUAUCAAUGUUACAAUGACUUUCAGAGAGUAAAGAUUGCAAAAAAUCAAGAAUUGGA